AUGCAUUUCACAAACUCCUUCACAGCGGCCCUGGCCCUUGCCGGCAGCGCUUUGGCCUCGCCGACUGACAAGCGGGCGACAGUUGGCCUCAGCAAGGCUAUGCGCCAGCGUGGAAGGAGCUUCAUCGGCACUGCGUUGACUCUCCGUGGCGACGCCCAGGAGCUGGCCAUUGUCGAGAACAAGGCCGACUUCAACUCCAUCACGCCGGAGAACGCCCAGAAAUGGGAUGCUACUGAGCCACAGCGUGGUGUCUUCACCUUCGACGAUUCCGAUCGCUAUGUGGACUUUGCUACCGAGCAUGGCAUCCAGAUCCACUGCCACAACUUGGUCUGGCACUCUCAGCUGCCGAACUGGGUGACUGCUGGCAACUUCGACAACGAGACGUUGAUCGAGAUCAUGCACGACCACAUCAAGGCUCUUGCGGGCCGAUACAAGGGCCGUUGCACGAGAUGGGACGUUGUCAACGAAGCUCUCGAGGAGGAUGGCUCGUACCGCAAGUCUGUCUGGUACAACACCAUCGGCGAGGCUUUCCUGCCCCUGGCUUUCAAGUUCGCCUCCCAGGUCGACCCGAAGGCUCAGCUAUACUACAACGACUACAACCUCGAAUACAACGGCGCGAAGACCGACGCUGCUCAGCGCAUCGUUAAGCUCAUCCAGAGCCAGGGUGUUAAGAUCAAUGGUGUUGGCUUCCAGGCCCACUUGACCUCUGAGCCGACCACUUCGUCCGGUGGCGGCGUAACCCCGAGCCAGAACACUCUCGCUACUGCGCUCCGCAAGAUGACCAGCCAGGAUGUCGACGUCGUGUACACUGAGAUUGACGUGCGCAUGAACACGCCGGCGACCAGGAAGAAGCUUAACAUGCAGUCCAAGGCAUACCAGCGCAUCGCUGCGUCUUGCUUGGCUGUUGAGCGGUGUGUUGGCAUGACCAUCUGGGGAAUCUCCGACAAGUACUCUUGGAUCCCAGGUGUCUUUCCUGGUGAGGGUGCUGCAAACCUUUGGGAUGAGGACUUCAAGAAGAAGCCAGCGUACUACGGCUUCCUUCGCGGCAUCUUGCGGGGUGGCAAGAACGGUCCUGCUUGA